AUGUAUCCAUCGUUGGGUUAUGCUUCAAAUCCCUAUUAUUAUACAAAUGGUGCUGGAGUUGCUCAAAUACCUCCUGUGGUCGGAACGUUGUCGGCUCAGCAACAACCACCCAUCAUCAACUUGAUACCAACGGCUCAAAACGAACAACAACAACACCACAUUCCUGAGAACGUUCCUCUUCAUCAAGUCGAGCCACAACAACAAGUUCCCACAACAAACAACAGCCCAACCUGUGCACGAGGCAACAACCAUUGUUGUAACUUUUGGAAACGUUGUCGAGAACAACACAAAUUCCUUCAUGCUCUUCAAAGCAAGACAUUGUCAUGUAUUCCAAGAGCUGUGGUUGUUGGUGGAGUAUUGUUGUUCAUCUUGACAUUGAUCUUCUUAUUCACUGUUGGAUCCAGUAUUGACGGUAAAAUGGCAUACAAGAAAGAUCAAUGCUUGAUUAUGAAAGAUCCAGACAAUUUGGUAGUUCAUUUCGAUUAUGAUCGUGACAUGUAUUAUAUUAACUUGAAUGUUGAUCUUGCAAGUGGAACAAAGUAUUACAUGGGAUGUGACUCGUGUGUUGCUAAGCCACCAUCAUCAUCGACUUCAGCCGUUAAAAAGAUGUACACUUUGAGAGAAGUAUGUGCAAGCCCACUCUUACAAAAGACCUCAGAUUGUAGAGAUCGUAUUAUUGCUAAGGGAAGUUUGACUUGCAUGGUAAAUCGAAGAUUGAGAAAACGUUCUGGCAUGGAUCAUUAUUAUCAUGGACAUGGUGGUGAGAAUAAGGCUCCUGGCAAUCACCACAAGGAAGAUAACGCUGGACCACAAAUGAUGCAUCAUGGUCACCAUCAUCAUCCUGGCAUGAUGACUCGAGAAUUGCACCAUUCUGGUCCUCGUCACGGUCCACACAUAAUGACUCGUGAAAUUCCACUCUCCCAAAUUCUCUCCAAGCAAGAACCAAAUCAUGAUCAAUCCAAUGAACAAGCACAUGAUGUUCACCGUAGCGACCAUUAUGGAAGACAAUUUAACAGCGAAAUGGUCAAGACUGUACAAGAAGUGAAGAGAUCAUUCAGAAAGCAUCUCCACAGAACAGUACCAAUCUGGUUGAUUAUUUCACUCAUUGCAAUGGUCGUCUUUAUUGUGGUUGGUUACAAGCGCUUGGAAGGAAGAUCAAAAUGUUCCAUUGACAGAUUCUUUAAGCAAUACCUUAAGAAUCCAUUCAAGGAAUCUGGACAAGUCUACAAGUUGGACGAGGUCUCUCAAAGCUGUGUCAUUAUUCAAGAGCCUAAAGAACCAAAAGAUCACACCCUUCUCUCAUCUGCAACUUUGCAAAUGGAACUCCCACCUCGUAAGGAGAGAGCAUUGGCCAAGAGAAUGAAAAUGUUCUAUGGCGCUCUCAGACAUACUGCCACAGAACCACACGAAACCUUACUCUACUAUGAAAAGGUUUCCAAGAAGAAUUUGUGUUCUCAUUUCCAUGGAAACAACUCUCAAUCAUCUUGCAAUGGAAAGAGAAGAAUUGCAAAGCCAUCAAGAUUUUGUUAG